UUUCUUUUAACACAGAUGAAUCACACAGUGUACAAUAUUCUUUUAAAUAUAAUUAGUCCGUUUUUAAAAAAACCAAAACAACAAGUUGGCGUCGAGGAGCGAGUGGUUAUAACAUUAAUGUACCUCGCUUAUGGAACACCUUUUGAGGUCAUAGCCUCGAUGCAUAAGUUAGGCAAAACAACAGUGCGGAAUAUCGUACUUGAAACGUGUGAAAUACUUUGGUUACAUCUGUCCCCGAUAUACCUUAGCGAGCCAAGUACCGCACAAUAUAAAGAUAUUGCUGCAGAUUUUUUAAAACUGUGGAAUAUACCCAACUGUGUCGGAGCAAUUGACGGGAAGCAUAUAGCUAUUGUUCGUCCACAAAAUUCAGGCUCGUUAUUUUAUAACUAUAAAAAGUUUUAUAGUAUAGUUUUAAUGGCAUCCUGCGACGCUAGGUAUACGUUUACCUCUGCCAGCAUUGGUAGCUAUGGAGGACAAAGUGACGGAGGUGUCUUUCAGCAAUCUAAAUUUGGUAAAGCGCUCUUGGAAAACAAAUUGCCACUACCACCAAGAGCUCCAUUAUGGAAUGAAUCCUCAACAGAUUUUCCACAUUUUUUUGUGGCCGACGCAGCGUUUCCGUUGAAGGAAAACUUAAUGCGACCUUACCCCAGUGCACAGCUGCCACGAAACAAAGCAAUUUUCAAUUACCGGUUAUCGCGAGCUCGUAGAGUAAUCGAAAAUAGCUUUGGUAUUUUAACCGCUCGAUGGCGUGUUCUACGAAAGGUCAUAGACUUUAGCCCAAAGAACUGCGAAACAAUUGUGUUAACCUGCUUGGUUCUUCACAAUUUUGUAAUGUUGAAUGACCAUGAUCGUUGGUAUUGUCCAGAUACAUUUGUAGACACAGACACCGCAGACCAUGGAAUAUUGGAGGGAGAAUGGCGUGAAGAUUUAGAGAGUGUUGGAGGUGCAUUACAUUCAAUAAGUUCAACUCGACGCAAUGCAUCUUGUAUCGCAUUCCGUGUAAGGGAUUUUUUGGCAGAAUAUUUUAUUAACCAGGGAGCAGUUUCAUUUCAAGAAGAUCGUAUUUAGUGUAUAUUUAUUUUAUUUAUAUUUAUAUUUAUUUAUAUCGUAUUUAAUGUGUAAAAUUGUAAUCCAAGUAUGAAGUACUAUACUUUUUGUUACGUUAACUUUUUUAUGAUAUUUUAUUAAACCAUAUGUUUACAUGACUUAGUAACAUAUUUUUCCGCGCUUUGUAUGUGUGUGGUGAAUCUUAGUAACCCUCAUUAAUUUUAUUAAACUUGUAACAAACCAAUUGUAUUUCAUCAAAGAGAAUUUCCAUUUAAUAAACCUAAUAAUAAUUUUUAUAACGUUUUACAAAUAUCGUGUGUUUGCCCCUUUCACAUACUGGUUAUAAUUCCGCACGUAAGUAUACCUGUGUCAUACGUAUACACCAUAGAUAUAUCUAUAAAUAUUGUUUUAUUUACUGAAAAAGAUGGUAAUUAUCUGUAUUAGGAAGAUUACACAGGCAUAUGGCAAAUGAAUUCUGUAUAGUAAAGUUUAUUACGAAAAUAUAUGUAUAUAUUUUAUUUACCGACAAAAUCAUAAUUAUGACGGUAUCUAAUUAGUAAAUAAGACAUAGGCUGUAUA